AUUUUUGUGAAUCUCGGUUAAGAGACUGAUACCACAUAUUAUGGGUUCAGUCUCUAGCUUUGAUUUAAUGUCUGCAUCAUGCCCCAGUUAAACUGUUCGUAAUUUUUUGCAUCAGUUUCAAUGGGGACCUUGAUUUUGAAGGCGCGAUUCCAGUCUUGUUGCUCAAGCUAAUGUUCACAGCACCCAGGUAACUCCUGGUGUGUCCGUGUUAUGUCGAGUGUGUGUGUGCGUGCACAAAGAGCAAUAGUUCUGGGGUGGAGGAAAACAAAUAACUAGUUAUGGAGUAGUUAGAAAGCGAGGUUUGGUGCUGGUGCAAUUACUAUAACGCAAGUCUAACCAACGUCAGCGAACAUAGAGAGAUAACCCAAUCCAGCUAGCGGGACUGUUGCUAGCUAGCUGCGGUUAUGGCCAUGUCGUUGAUUCGGGCUUGCCGCAGUUUGGCCCUGUCUACAUGGCUCCUGUCGUUCUGUUUCGUCCACCUCCUCUGUUUGGAUUUCACCGUCGCUGAAAAAGAGGAGUGGUACACGGCCUUCGUCAAUAUCACCUACAUAGACCCGGUCACAUCGGAAGUUCGCACGGAGAAAACAGAAUGCGGCCGAUAUGGGGAACACUCGAUGAAACGCGACGCCAUCGGAGUGGUGGUGCUUCCUUCUCUCUACCAGGACAGGCAAGCAUGCGACCCCAAUACUCGGUUCAUAGUACCGGUCCAGGGAAGUGCAUGGAUAGCGCUUAUUGCGAAGGGGAACUGCACAUACAAAGACAAGAUAAGACACGCUGCGAGUCAAAACGCCUCGGCCAUCGUGAUAUUCAACGUUGGAUCCAGCAACGCAAAUGACACCAUCACUAUGCCAUAUUCAGGUCUGGGUGACGUGGUCGCCGUCAUGAUUCCAGAACCUAAAGGUCGCGAGGUCGUGGCUUUGCUGGAACGCAACAUUACGGUAACCAUGCACAUCACCAUAGGAACCAGGAACCUCCAGAAGUACGUGAGCAGGACGUCUGUGGUCUUCGUCUCCAUCUCCUUCAUCGUCCUCAUGAUCAUCUCCCUGGCCUGGCUGGUCUUCUACUACAUCCAGAGGUUCAGAUACGCCAACGCGCGAGACCGCACCCAGCGGCGCCUGGGAGAUGCGGCUAAGAAGGCCAUCAGUAAACUCCAGGUACGCACCGUCAGAAGGGGUGACCAGGAGACCGACUCUGACUUUGAUAACUGUGCCGUGUGCAUCGAGGGGUACAAGCCCAACGACACGGUCAGGAUUCUGCCCUGCAGACAUCUGUUCCAUAAGAACUGUGUUGACCCCUGGCUUCUCGACCACAGGACCUGUCCAAUGUGCAAGAUGAACAUUCUUAAAGCCCUGGGCAUCGCUUUGAAUGCAGACUGUCUGGAUGACCUGCCCCUGGACUAUGAGCUCAUGGGGGUGGGCGGGGGGGGUCUCGCCCUGGAAGCCGUGGUUUCGGGGGGGUCCAGUGACGGGACCCUCAGCGAGGGGGGGUCGGUGGUGCUGGACCCAGGGGUGAGGAGGUUGGGGCUACCACAGGACUACAACGACACCGACCCACUGAGGGACAGUCCUGUCACGGCAACCACCGACACCUACACAGGGGAGCUCCAGCCAAUGGCCGGAAGUUCGUCCGUGGCGUCGCUGGUGAUUGCUGUGGAAACAGGUCUGUCAGAUGAAGACCUGUCACUGGACCAGGCCACGCCUACCGGGGACGCCAAGUCCUGAGAGAAGGAUUCCACUGUGACGGCGUUGAUGUUGACCUGACUGGACCUGGGAUAGAGGGCUUACCUGUAGGCUAACACCUAGUGGGCCUGUGGCUCCCUGGAUGGACCUAGAUGGCACCAGGGACCCAGGACAUACCUGGAAUGGAUUUAAUCACCUGGGCCAGGAGGUGCCAAGCCUCUGGUCAUCCUGUAUAGAGGAGAGUUACCUGGAUGAGUUCUGGAGCGACCUAUGUGACAUAAUCAGUGUUAUGAAUGAGCUGUUGGAUGGCCUGGUUGGUUAAUGUUACCUGGAUGGACAGUGUUACCUGUUGAGGUGUUUUACUGUGUUACGGAGCUGGACAGGUGUGGGUAUUUAGGGAGUAUUGCACAAUCAGUGCUGUCAUCGCACAGACGGAGCCGCGUGGAACCCACAGAACCCAGACGCAUCAUUCCCACAUUUAACCAGGUUUCCGUUAAAACUUGGUUUCCUCUUUUCGACCUUGAGCAAGCAUAGCAAAGCUUUGUUAAAAAGGAAUUACAUUCAUCAAAAAAAAAGAUCAUCACUUGGGGAAACCAUAAUAUUUAAAAGAAUAAACAGGGAUUAACCCAUUGUAUACAGAAUGACUGGUGUGGUUAUAUUAGACUGUGUUGAUUUAUGAUGCACCUCAUGCAUCACACCAAAAAAAAAUCUAAGGUCAAUACUUAAAAUUGUUUUUAGUCACAGAAUAUAAGUGAUAAAAGGCAGAACCCAUGCCUAAACGGUUAGCGUAGAUUACAAUCUUUACUAUCUGCUGUCCCACAAAGCUAACUAGCAAAACUACCCCGGUCAUUCACAAUACGAUGGCUAGUUCUAACUGAAAACAAAUUUAAAAGACACAUGUACAUCUUAUUUCCUGAAGUUUUGCUAUGUUUCUGAAAGGCUUGAAGACAGAAGGCAAUCGCAAAAACUGUAUUUCUGCCAUUUUGCCAGGAAUAAUAAGAUGAAUAAGCAGAUUUUUAAAGCUACAGUUUCAAACAACUUCUACAACAAGAAACGCUUUUUUCUUUUGUUUUUUGUUACCAUGGUGUUAAGGUCAUGUUCCCUACAUAUAAUACAACUGGAUGAAGCACUAUGAAAACAAGAACUUGUGCAGAUAUUAAAGGGACUUUUAUUUUGAAAAAGCCUCAAAGAACUAUGGGAGAUGCGGUCAGUGAUCUGCCCUGCGCUGUCUCAGCUAUACUUUGUCUCUGGAAUGACCUUCUCUACUACAGUGAAAAUGGAUGCAGUCACACCAUAGUAUUACUCUGUCAAAACUGUCUUUCUGUGCCUGUGUAUAACCUAUGGUCAUAUAUCGCUAAGUAUUUCCUCAAACCUUUUCGUAGCUUCCGUCCGUCUGUAUAUCUGUGCGGUGUCGCCGCUGUGCAUUUCACAUAUCCCAAAUGGCUCACUAUUUAGUACAGUGGGUUCUGGUCCAAAGUAUUUCACAAUGAGGGGAAUAGGGGGCCAUUUGGGUUGUUUUAUUCCUUUUGUUUUUUUUUACAUCGGUACCUCUGUCUAUGUUAACCGCCCAAUCAGAUUUGGUUGUGUUGUCAUGACGUUUCCAAUAACUGCCAUGUUGAGAAACGGGCGGGUUCUAGAGCUAGUCGACAAUCAGAUGUUAUUGCAAUGUUCUGGAACCCUUUUAGAAUCCUGAGACUCUUUCUUCGUCGUCGUUCGUUUAGGCAAUAAGGCAUGAGGGGGUUGGAUUUAUGGCAUAUACCACAGCUAAGAGCUUUUCUUAGGCACGACACAUCUUGGAGUGCCCGGGCACAUUGCUGGUAUAUGCACCGCAAACCUACAGUCUUACUGAUGAUAUAAGUCAGUUGGCAACGCCAUUAGAGCGGUAAAAACUGUGUCACACCUGUUCUAUACAGGCUUGUAUACCACAACCAUCAGCCAAUCGGGUUUAUACUGGGUGGAGGUACUGCCAAACAGUGUUUGUGUAAUCACAAUGGGUCUGUUUGAAAUGGGCCCCUAUUCCCUGGUUAGAACACAACUCCAGAACAGAACCUCAUGGGCCUUGAAACAAAAUGGUGGACUGAAACGGGCUUUUGGGGAAGAAUAUUUCAUAGGAGCGAGAGAGAGAGACCUCUAUUUUCAUAAAAAAAAAUGUUUAUUUUCAUAAUGAUGCAGAGAGAGAUGGAUCGACACAGUAUUGCUGACCCUGAAAACACACGGCUCAAGGAGGAAUCGAUGAAAUUGAUUCUGGAUCAAGUACACAACUGACUGAAAAUGUGUUUAUAGAGAGUGAGUUGAACCCUGAUCUUCCCAGCGUGUUGUUCAGUUUAAAACAAUGAAACAAAUGUCUGUCACAUGGGUGUUUCCUAAAUAGUACUGCUUUUUACCAAUGGGAUGCAGUUGGUAUUAUUGAUUAUAUUGACUGAUUUUGUACAAUUAUUAUGGUCGACAAUUGUCUGCCUUUUGUGUUUGUCAUUUUAUUGUUCCUCUAUUCCCUUUAUUUUCUCUUUGUUCAUUUAGGUGAGAAUUGUCUUUAAGCUUCCUGUGUUGCACUUUACUUCUGACUGAUAGAGACAGGGGAGGACAGGGAGAAGGAGACGAACAGGAGAGGACGGGGAGAAGGAGAUGAACAGGGGAGAAGGAGGUGAACAGGAGAGAAGGGGAGGAGAUGAACAGGAGGGGAGAAGGAGGUGAAUAGGAGGGGAUGGAGAGGAGGGAGGGAAACCGUUUGGGGAGGGGUUUUGCAGGCAUUCUAAUUCCAUCCAUCUCAAGUACACACUUGUUCAAUGUCAGGAUUUGGAGGGAGUGUGAGUGGUCUCCUCUGAGUCGCGGUUGGGAGGACUGUUACCUUCCAAUGAGGGUAGUUGGUUAGUUUCCAAUAAUAUGAAACCAUUCCAUUAAAAAUCCAUUCCAAGUGAACAAGUGCAGACUUGCAGGGUGUAGAAGUGUGGAGGAUUAGGACUCGUGCCGUUUAUUAAGGGAAGCGAGUGUCCAACGGAUGGCAUCCAAUGAAUGAUUGGCAUGGCAACUAAAGCCUCUCUGCAGUCUGAUUGGCUGAGCUAGUUAUGACACGCCCUCUGGUGUUUAUAUCAGUGAACAUGGUUAGGGUUUUGGGGGUGGUCUCCAUGGCAGUAGAUGAGGAAGACAUCCAUAAUGGAAUUGUGUGUGUUUCUACACACAGAGGGUUAGUGUAUAUAUUCAACACCAGCCGUAGUAAUGUUUGUUUGUAAAAUGUUGCACGUGUUCCAAGACAUAAACAGGCUGUAAAGUUUCAAUAAAUUUUAUUGCAAGUUUUU